AGUCACAUCCGGCACCUGGAGAAACAGAGACAGCCAGGGAAAGCGAGACAGCGGCUGUUAACGGCAGACGGAAGACAAACCCUGAUGAUGCCGUUGUCAUAGAUUGAGAAAGACCUAAGAAUUCAGCAACCGAAAGAAAAAAUAUAUAUAUGUCGAGGCAUUUGUGAAGAGAGAGAGUACACAGUAGCUGUAUAUGGGGUAAAGAUGAGAAACAGGCUGCUAUAGAGGAGAUCGGUAGCCCGUGAGUAGGUGACACAGCAGUGAGCAAAGUCCCAGGCUGACACCCAGUGACACUCCUGGGAGUUUGAGUUUCUCGGGUCACGACCUUUUUUUUUUCUGGCAAACGGACACCCAGCUUAACCCGGGAUAUAUAACCUUGUAGAGGCAGCUAGCCCGGAAUAAAUAAUCUAGGGGAAUUUUGCCUGGAGACAGCCGGAGGAUCUGUAAUCCAGUAUAACCUGUAAUGGACACUGAUUUACCCCAUGAUUACACUGGGGCUAUUGGCUUCAACAAACUGACACUUGACCACUCACCCAGCAUUGGCUGUUUUAUUUAUUUUAUGCGUUUGAUGUAUUAUCCACCAGAAAUAUACACAAAUGCUCUCUAACAACAGAGUCUUUCAAACAUUACAGCUGUUUUCUUUUUCCUUUAAACUAAUUUAUGUUUGUGAUCCUAUGUCUAGGUUGUUGACCCCAAAUCUGUAUGAUCACAUAAACUGUUUUCUUUUUUUAACCCUAAACUCAGGUUAAUUAUUAUAUGUAAUUAUCUAUUAAAACUAGCCCCUAUUAUUUUUUUUUUAUUUAAUCUGACAUUUUAUCAAAUAUUCUAUACAUGUACAUGAUCCACUAAGAUUUUAUUUCCAUUUUCAAAUCUAAAACUAGAUUUGAUUCCUCUCCUUGACACUAAAAAUAUGGCCUAUUUUUAUGACAACCACAAUUUUGGAUUAAAAUCCUAUUAUUUUGGUUAAACUUUUGCAAACCAGACACUAUGGGACCAUACUAGCUAUCUUCUAAAAAAUAUUCCUUUUUAACUUUAACACUUUGAACAAGAGAUUUUUAAACAUUUCAUCACUUAUAACUUUUUCAUAUAGGUAAUUUUUAUUAUAAUUUUUUGGGGGGAGUUAAUGAAAUGAACGGGUUUUCCAUUAAGGAGUUGUGCUGCCUUUUCUGUUGCCCACCAUGUCCAGGCAGAAUUGCAGCCAAAUUGGCCUUUUUGCCUCCACAACCCACAUAUGCAAUUUUGCCAGAGCCAGAAGCUGUAUCUGGGGGAAGUACUGGGCGUGUUGGGACAGGUGUAAUGGGACGAUGGAAGCUACUUCUGACAGACCAUGCUGAUUUCCAGUAUACUCAACGUGAGUUGGACAGUAUAGAAGUUUUUAUGGCUAAAAGUAGUCGAGGGAACAGGAUUGCCUGCAUGUACGUCCGCUGUGUUCCUGGAGCCAGGUUUACUGUUCUCUUCUCUCAUGGAAAUGCUGUGGAUUUGGGACAGAUGAGCAGCUUUUACUUGAGUUUAGGGACCCGAAUUAACUGCAACAUUUUUUCAUAUGAUUACUCUGGAUAUGGAGCAAGCUCGGGGAGACCCUCUGAAAAAAACUUAUAUGCUGACAUUGAUGCUGCUUGGCAGGCCUUACGCACACGGUAUGGGAUCUGCCCAGAGAACAUAUUGCUGUAUGGGCAAAGUAUUGGCACAGUACCUACUGUAGACCUGGCAUCUCGUUAUGAAUGUGCUGCUGUGAUCCUACACUCACCUCUGACCUCUGGAAUGCGUGUUGCCUUCCCUGACACUAAAAAAACCUACUGCUUUGAUGCCUUCCCAAAUAUUGAAAAGGUGUCGAAGAUAACCUCUCCGGUGCUUAUCAUACAUGGAACAGAAGACGAAGUGAUUGAUUUCUCACACGGCCUAGCUCUGUUUGAACGCUGCCCCAAAACAGUGGAGCCUCUCUGGGUGGAAGGUGCUGGGCACAAUGACAUUGAACUGUAUAGCCAGUAUCUGGAACGUCUGCGACGAUUCAUCUCACAAGAGUUACCCUCCCAGCGCAGUAACUGAUGCAUUAAAUGAAUGAGCUUUACCCUUCUUCCCUAUAAAUCCCUUUUUACUGUGGAUCUCCUUGAGAGAAAGACUUUGUUUUUACAAUUCCCUCUCCCUUCAUAAAAAAAGAAAAUUCUAAUCAAAGAAAAUGUUCACCUCUGCAGUACAAACCAAAUGCGUUGUGUCCUAGUGCAGGCACAACUUGCCAUUCUAUUGGCUAAUCACCAAACGGUUUAUGGUAAUGGUGAGGCCCACCUUGGAUACAUUACUUCUGAUCUGACAUUAUAAUAAGCUAUGUUUAAUAAAAAAAAACCUCUCUCAUACUUUAUUUUUGUCUGUCUGGCCAAGAUGGGUUCAUUACUACCCCCCCCCCCCCGACCGCUCUCCCUGAAGUAGCCAUCUGCAUGAAGGUGUUAAACGAUUUCUACUGGGUAAGGAAAUGGGGCGAGGCUGUGCAUAUCUGAUACUACAAGGCACUUUGAAUUCAUUGUGGGAAUACUUUGUAAAGCAAUAGGGUCUUUGAAUGCUCUGCAUUAUCCAAUCAUUUACUCAAAAGAAAUAAGAAACAAAAAAGGAUUUUUAGUUGAUGAACUGGAAAAAUUAAUUCAAGAACUUUGGCCUAAUGAUGGUAUUACAACCAGUGAUGUCAUGAGGUUUUGACAGUGAACUCUUGACUUGAAUUUGCUUGGAAAUUGCUGUCUUUUUAAAUGUGUUUCCAAAUAAUGUUUAAACUGAUAAUGUCAGGAAAGGCACAUAUAGAUGUCCUUGAAAGUUUCCUGCUAAUCUGCAGUAACUGCAGAAUUUCUCUGGUAACAUUAUCAGACUUUCAGAUGUCUGACCGACCUAUGAACUGUGGUGGGCAACUUCCAAAUCACAGGAAGGUGUGUUUUUUUUUUUUUUUAAGUUUAAAAAUUGCAAGUUGUUUAAUGUUACAUAAAAUUUGUAUGUUGUACGCAAAGAAUAAAAACUGAUGAGCAAUA